CCGCGUGUGGAUGCUGCCCGCGGGGACCGGACCGGAGGCGGAGAAGGAGCCAGAGAAGCCGCCGCCGCCGCCGUCACCACCACCACCCUCCGCACUCGCCGCUGGCCCAGCGCCCGCCCGUCAAUCCCAGGCGCCGCCGCCGCCGCCGCUUCCCGCCGAGCCCCGGCCCCUGCUGCCCCCGCGCGGCCGCCACCCAAUCGCCCGGCUGGGGGAGCGGCGCGGGGCGGGGCUGGAGUUGUCCGGGCCGUCACCACCACCACCGCCGCCGCUGCUGCUGCCUGCGGCCGCCGCUUCAGCUGGAGCCGGCGGGGAGAAGCAGCAGCAGCCGCCGCCAUGGAACAAAAGAAGCGCUGAGGCGAGCUCGGGCCGUGGCGGCGGCAGCACCAACAGCAGCGCCCUCAGCGUCGCCAGCGGCGGCGGCGGCAGCAGCAACGCCCAGGCCGCCCCCCAAGAGACAGCAGCGGCGGCGGAGGAGGAGGAAGAGGAGGAAGCAGCAGCGGCCGGAGAGCCCGCCGCCGCCGCCGCCGCCACCACAGCAUGUCUCCCGGGCCCGCGUAGCCGGAGCGCCUCGCCGUCCCCUUCUCCUCCUUCUUCUCCGCCUCCUUGGCCGGCCAUGCCGAGCGGCAGCGCCUCGCCGUCGCCUCCCGAAGAGCCUCCCGACCUGCCGCUGCCGACUGCCCCGCCCAGGCCGCCGCCGGGCCUGCUGCUCCAGUACCACGCUCAGCCGCCUUCGCCGCCGCCGCCGCCGGCUUCCCCUCAGCCGCCGCUGCUGCCGGACACGGGGCUGCUGAGGGAGCGCCUGGCCGGCUUGGGCCUGAGGGAGCGCGGGGAGCCGGAGGAAGAAGACGACGACGACGAGGAGGAGGAGGAGGAAGAAGAAGAGGAGGAGGAGGAGGAGGAGGAGGCGGCGCCUGAGGAAGGAGAAGAAAGAGGCGGCGGCGGCGGCGACUUGGAGCUGGACUUGGAGGAGCCGCCGGAGGACGAGGAAGACGAGGCCGCCGAGGAAGAGGAGGAGGAGGAAGAAGACGACGACGACGACGACGAGGGAUUCUUGGAGCCCCGCGGUGGCGGCGUCUGCGGCCCGGCCUCGCUGCUGUUGCUGCCCCCGCCGGCCUCCUCGCCGCCGCUUCUGCCCCCGGGGCUGGGCUCGGUGUUGUUACCGCCGGCGGUCUCUGCUCUGCCGCUCGCCGCCGGCUCGGCCUUUGAGGUGGCCGAAGCCGGGGCGCUGGGCGGGGCGCUCUACGGGCCCGGCGACGAUGUCCACGCCGGGGUGAUGGCGGCGAUGCUCUCGCAAUCCUACGGGCCGCCCGGAUCGGCGGCGGCGGCGGCAGCAGCGGCGGCGGCGGCGGCGGUGGUAGCCGGGAUGCCCCCCGGGUCGGUUUUGAACGGAGAGCAAGCGGCGCUGCUGCGAAGGAAGAGCGUCAACACGACCGAGUGUGUCCCGGUGCCCAGCUCCGAGCAUGUGGCCGAGAUCGUGGGCCGGCAGGGUUGCAAAAUAAAGGCCCUGAGAGCCAAAACCAAUACCUACAUCAAGACCCCUGUGCGUGGAGAAGAGCCCGUUUUCGUGGUCACCGGCCGCAAAGAAGACGUCGCCAUGGCCAAAAGGGAAAUUCUUUCUGCUGCUGAGCACUUCUCCAUGAUAAGAGCUUCGCGCAACAAGAAUGGCCCUGCUCUGGGAGGGCUGCCUUGUAACCCCAACCUGCCAGGCCAGACUACAGUCCAGGUCAGGGUGCCUUACCGUGUCGUCGGGCUGGUGGUUGGUCCCAAAGGCGCUACGAUCAAAAGAAUUCAGCAGCAAACCCAUACCUACAUAGUUACUCCCAGUAGAGACAAAGAGCCAGUUUUUGAGGUAACCGGUAUGCCUGAAAACGUAGACCGGGCCCGGGAAGAGAUAGAGAUGCACAUCGCCAUGCGCACUGGAAACUACAUUGAGCUCAACGAAGAAAACGAUUUCCAUUACAAUGGUACAGAUGUCAGUUUUGAAGGAGGAAACCUUGGAUCUGCCUGGCUUACUUCCCACCCAGUCCCACCUCCCAGUCGCACCCGGAUGAUUUCCAAUUACAGAAACGACAGCUCCAGUUCCCUAGGAAGCGGUUCCACCGACUCCUACUUUGGAAGCAAUAGGUUGGCUGACUUCAGCCCAACCAGUCCAUUCAGUACUGGCAAUUUUUGGUUUGGAGAGACCUUACCUUCCGUGGGGGCAGAGGAUCUGGCCGUCGACUCUCCCGCCUACGAUUCCUUGCCAACCCCUUCUCAGACCAUCUGGACACCUUUCGAACCCGUCAACCCACUCUCCAGUUUUGGUAGCGAACCUGCUAGUAAUGUGAAAUCUCCGCGGAAAGGGAGCCAGCCAUCCACCCCUCGCUUGUCACCGACGUUUCCCGAGACCUUGGAACAUCCCCUCGCCCGCAGAGUGAGAAGCGACCCUCCCAGCACCGUCAACCAGGUUGGCCUUCCCAUCUAUAUCCCUGCCUUUUCCAACGGUACCAACAGCUACUCUUCUUCCAACGGUGGCUCCACAUCUAGUUCCCCUCCGGAGUUAAGACGGAAGCACGACUGCGUGAUCUGUUUUGAGAACGAAGUAAUCGCUGCCCUGGUUCCAUGUGGCCACAACCUUUUCUGCAUGGAGUGUGCCAACAAGAUCUGUGAAAAAGAAGCACCAUCGUGUCCAGUUUGCCAGACAGCUGUUACUCAGGCGAUUCAAAUUCACUCUUAAAUAUAUAGAGAUAUUAUAUAUGGACUUUUUAAACUCUUAAUGGCUUGGAUGUAAUGGUACCCCCUAAGUAAACUUAUAAUGAACUCA